AUGAAAUUAGUCAAGGAGUUUUCUAAGCUAAUGCAGGGUGAGUUUGAUAUGAGUCUCAUGGGAGAAUUGAACUACUUUCUCGAUCUUCAAAUCAAGAAACUCAAUGAAGGUACGUUUAUAUGUCAAAUAAAAUAUUGCAACGAAAUUCUAAAGAAAUUUGGUAUGGAAGAUGAAAAAUCAAUUGACACUCAAAUGCCCACAAAUGGAAACUUGGAAAAAGAUGAAAAUGGUAAGGAUGUUGAUGUCAAGAAGUAUAGAGAUAUGAUUGGAUCUCUUUUAUAUCUUACUGUAUCUAGGUCGGACAUUAUGUUUAGCGUAUGUAUGUGCACUCAUUACCAAUCGAAUCCUAAGGAAUCACUUUUAAAGCCGUAA